AUGUAUAAAGAAUCAAUUACAGAUCCUUCUGCCUUUUGGUCUGCCAUCGCUUCAGAAUUUUACUGGAAGAAGGAGUGGGAUCCUGCAAAUAUAGUUCAAGGGAAUUUCGACACAACGAAAGGGCCAAUUUCUACCUCAUUUUUUUCGGGGGCACAAACUAACAUAGCUUGGAACUGUUUGGACGCACAAAUCUCCAAAGGUCGAGGUGAUACUGCUGCAUUUGUCUGGGAAGGUAAUGGGCUGGAUGAGAAUAAGACGAUGUCCUACUCAGAAGUCUGUUCCGAGGUGAACAAACUUGCUAACUGGCUCAGAAAUAUUGGAGUUAAAAAAGGUGACCGCGUCAUUAUUUAUAUGCCGAUGAUCCCAGAAUUGCCAAUUUCUAUGCUCGCAUGCGCGAGAAUCGGAGCGGUCCAUGGAGUUGUCUUUGCUGGUUUCUCUGCCGAGUCUUUGGCACAACGCAUAAUUGAUUCUGAAGCCAAAAUUAUUUUGACGUGCAACGCAGUUCUACGAGGCACCAAGUUACUUGAUCUCAAAUCUAUUGUCGAUAGUGCGAUAGGAUUAGGUGGGGACGGAUGUAGGAUCACGCAUUGUUUGUGCGUCGCAAAUGAACGAGCGGUACCAUUUUCGGAGUCAAAUUUUAUUCUAGAGCGGGAUUUCUGGUGGAAGGAAACUGUCGAGAAAAUGAGUUCGACGUGUGAGACUGAGUGGGUUGACGCAGAAGAUGCCCUUUUCAUGCUGUACACAUCCGGCUCCACUGGAAAACCGAAGGGUGUAGUCCAUACAACGGGCGGCUAUAUGGUUUAUGCUGCUACGACCACAAAAUAUGUAUUCGAUUUAAAACCUGGAGAUUUAUUUUGGUGUACAGCUGACUGCGGAUGGAUAACCGGACAUACAUAUGUAACAUACGGUCCGCUUCUCAAUGGUGCAACGUCCCUAGUUUUUGAAGGAGUUCCGAAUUAUCCCGACCCAGGGCGUUGUUGGGAAAUAGUGGAUAAAUUUGGGGUUCAAGUUUUCUAUACAGCACCAACCCUGAUACGAUCUCUUCAACGAGAAGGUGAUGACUACGUUAAAAAGUACUCUCGAUCGAGCCUUCGCUUACUCGGGACUGUAGGAGAGCCGAUAAAUCCAGAAGCAUGGAAAUGGUAUCAUAAAGUUGUUGGAAACGGUAAGUGUCCUAUAGUUGAUACCUGGUGGCAAACUGAAACAGGAGGGCAUCUUAUUACCCCAUUACCUGCAGCUUUUCCUUCAAAACCGGGCUCUGCGGCUUUGCCUUUUUUUGGUGUCGAACCUGUAAUUUUGAAUGAGCAGGGAAAAGAACUUUUAGGAGAAUGCGAAGGACUCCUUUGUAUCAAAUCUCCGUGGCCGUCCAUGAUGCGAACGAUAUAUGGCGACCAUCCUCGUUACGAAACUGCAUAUUUUAAGCCUUUCCCUGGUUAUUAUUUCACGGGUGACGGAGCGCGAAGAGAUAAAGAUGGUUAUUAUUGGAUUACAGGACGUGUUGAUGAUGUCAUUAAUGUUUCCGGUCACAGAAUAGGUUCUGCUGAGGUUGAAAGUGCCCUGGUUUCACAUUCUCUAUGUACGGAAGCUGCAGUGGUAGGAAUCGAGCACGCCAUAAAGGGACAGGGGAUUUACGCAUAUGUUACAAUACUUGAUGGUGUUGAGUAUACUAUGGAGCUUAAAAAAGAACUUAUAGCAUGUGUACGAAGCACGAUAGGUCCGUUUGCAGCCCCUGACACAAUACAUUGGGCACCUAGCUUGCCUAAAACUCGAAGCGGUAAAAUACUUAGAAGGAUUCUACGCAAAAUUGCGUGCAAAGAUGAUUCUUUGGGUGAUAUAUCCACGCUAGCAGAUAAAGGUGUUGUUGAGGAACUUGUACGUUUGCGUGAUGUUUGA